UCACUGGGCUCCGCGAGCAUGCGAGGAUCAGUAGCAACAGAAUGAGACGGAGAGAGAGAGGAUAGAGCGCGGCAAAGGGUUGGAGGAGAGCGCUCCGGAGGACUAAAGGACUAUCAGAGAUGAGAGAGAGACAUCGAGAACAAGCAUGUGGACCAAAGGGGAGGAUAAGAAAAGAACGAACCCGCAAUGCCCAGAGACUCCGUCCAACUCAUCCUCUGCGGGCCAUUGGUUAAAGACUGAGAAAAGCCUUGACUGUGAUGUCCAAGCAGCAGUAGCUAAUCGAGUAAGGAGGUCAAUAAUGGAAGGACAUUGAGAGUUUGAAAUCUUAUUGGAUAUUAAAUUCCUGUCUCCAACUUUCACAUACAAACGCUCACAAACCCACUAAUUCACUUGGAUAAACAAAAGCUGGAAACCUUCCGGGUUUCUUAUUGGAUAUAAUCCUGCUGACGUUAGCUGAUGUCUAUGCUUGCCUGCAUCGUGUUCAGCUCGUCUGGGGGCUGAGCCAACCUGCAGAGGAUUAUGGGCAGGAGGGUGGCUGAUCCAACCAAUCCAGUGCCUGCGCUGGGGGUUCCCUUAGCGGGGGGGCGAUGGGGGCCGCUGUGCAGUGUCGGGGUGCAAACAUCUCCCGGACUGCGGACUAUCCCCUCCAUCAAACGACACGGCAGCCAACCGACCAACACACAUCGGCCACUCACCAUGGCAACAGACAAAACGACAGUGGAGACUGGGGGAGUUAUCAGAAGUGACAGCAACAGUCUGCCGGUGUCCAAGGAGAGAUCUCAGAACGAGAUCAAUAGCCUGACACAGGACGACAUGGGGUCACAGGGGUCAGGCAGUGGAGUUUACUGCCAGAUCAAAACUAUAAACCCCAAGGACACAAGAGAUAAAAGGACAGCUAGGUAUACAAAUGGCAGUGUGGUGGCCUCUGAUGCGGUGGGAGGGGUUUGCACGGAGGCCACAGAAGGUAAGGAGCCGGCCAGAGAGAGGAGGAGGGUGCAGUCCCUGCGAGGAGAGGGCCAUCACUUGGUAUUAAAGACCGGGAGUGCUUGUACGACCGUGCACGCCACCCCACCGCGGCCCUGUCGAGUGAUGCCGACUUCCUCACCCAGUCUUUGUGGGACAUGUGGGAGGAGACGAUCACAGAUUACACCGUGCACAGGCGCAUGUCGCAGGAAGGCUGUCAAUCAAAUAACAGCCAGCCAGACUUUACCUAAUCCGCCACGGAAACCCAACCAGUCAAGAAAAGAAUCUGCUCUGGACUCUCAGCAUUGCACCAAAAACACAGAUACGGCAAACACCUCCACGUACGCAUCAGUAAAGACUUCUCAAAUACCACAGCUGUCACACACUAUACCAAAAACACACAGCUCCCAUUCCAACCACACAUCACACACCCAGAACAAAACAACAGAGUCAAAGCAGCAGACAAGGCCACAUUCUGCAGACUUCACUUAUCACAAGGACUCAGCCACGCAAACAACAGACACACAAAUGCACAACCACACAGACAGGACCACAGCUACCACGCAUACACAGCGACCGCACACACCAUCUGCAGAAGCAAUGGAGCCACAUUUGACUGACAAACGCAAGUAUGACUCGGCUAAUAUCCAGCACGCUGAUGAACACACACACCAACACACAUCAGUCCGUAUCACUUCUAAACAUACAGCUCCUUCCCUUCACAGUGACUUAAAAUCUACUGACACUCCACCUCUCCCACCAAAAAACUCUCCGAAAUCCGAUCGUUCCAAACCGGCCACACCUGUAGCGCAAACCAAAAACACUCAGGAGACCACAAACACACCGAAACAAACACCCUCAGAACAGAUCAAACUCAAGGACUACGCAAAACAGAAGAGCAAAUCAAUCGACGUCGACGACACUCUGCCUUGCAAGACUCAUAUAAAAGCACAAUGUAAUGGAGCUCCAGGAGGGUUGUUGGUUGCACCCGCAGGCAGCGCACCACGUGGGCUGGAGAGGCAGCUGCAGAGUGUGGAGGAGAACCUACAGUCCAAUCAGGAGAAGAUCAAAGUGCUUCUCAACGUCAUUCAAGACCUGGAGAAGAGCAAGGCCCUCAGCGAAGGUCGCAGCUCAUACAGAACUGGUCAGGACAUUAACGACUGCCCUACCUGCCAAAAGACAGCCUGCAUCAUCUACAGCGUAGAGCAUGAUUUCCGACAGCAGGAGGGACGUUUCCAGGGGGUGAUGGAGGUCUUGGAGGCGGAGUACGAUGUGCCUGCUCCCACUCCGACCAAGCCCACGCCAGCCCCUUCCUCCUCCAGUCGGCCCAGCACCAAGGCCCGUGUAAAGAAACUCCGCAAGAAGUGUUUCUGGUGGCUGUAAGAUUUAGAAAAACAACAACCUUUCUAGCCAUAUGGCAUAUGGGUGGUGAUUGUGCUUUAGGAGACCACAGGCCCCUAGGUUUUGAAAUAAAGUAUCUCUCUCAUGGGCCUGUUGGUGUGUAGUGUGUUUAAGUGUCAUUAAAUCAGUGGUGGCAUCUGGUGCAUCCCUGUAAAUGGCACUUCUUCCACAGCAAUCCAUCCUCAUCUUUGAAAAUAUACACCAGGUAACCAAGUAGAGAGAAAAGAAAUGCACUAAAGACGGAAAACAGGACCAAAGGAGCUGCUGAGCUUUCCUUUCUGAUAUAUCUCAGAGGAAUAUUGAGAACAAGAUCACCAUGAAUUUCUCUCUCUGCGGGAAACCAGACUUCAGCGGCUAAUUUGUGAUUCACUUUUGACUGUGAGGAUACCAUUUUCCCAUAAUAAUGCUGUAACAGAGAGAUGAAGCAUUGCCACUUUGGACGACAGACAGGCGUAUUGUUUUUGUCACUUGACUGAGUGGCUGUCUAGACAGAUAGACAGAUGUAUGGACGGAUUGAAGCCAAGAUGGAUUCAUGCUACAGCUGGGAAUGAAUCCUCACAACAAUUUUGGCUAAAUCCCAGCCAUUAACGGAGGAAUCAGAGCAAUCCUGAAAAUCCAAGCAAUUUAACAACUAAUCGGAAUACUGUGUCUUUGGACGGCUUGACAAGCAAAAUUUGAAUGUAGCAACAACUGAAGAGCUAAAGAGGAUAUGAGUGGAAAAUAAGCUGAUGAGCUCCCUGGAAACCAAGAAACAGCUCGCUGGAAGGAUAUCAGGGUUUUGGAGAGCAGUGGAGAGUGUUCAGAUCGUGUUUAGAAUACAUUAAGAGACAAUGUGAUAGGCAGCUGAUCACGGACUGACAAGCCGUGUCAGAUGAUUAAAAAUUCUGUCAUCAUUGUCUGGCAGACUGAUUGAUUCUCUCCUUUAUUACCAUUCAAGACAGAAGUGUUUUGAUGUAAACUCAAUCUAGUUUCAAAGAUUUCCAAGCACACACGUGCAUACAAACACAUGUACAAAUGGCAUAUACACUUAUAGGUACGAACACACACGUGCAGCAAACUCACUGAAACACAAAGAAGUACUCCACACACACACACACACACACACACACACACACACACACACAGAGUAUAUACACUUGUAAACCAAUGCAAACUAAGGGUACACCAGUUAUCACUCCACAGUUAGUUAUUGGCCUGUGUUCAUGUUUCAACAUUGUAUCAAUAGUUGUAAAGCCUAAGCUAAUGAGGCCCCCAUACCUUCUGUAUGAAUGAAUUUGAAACUAGCUGAUUAUGUCUGGAGUCUUCCUUAAGUUCACACUGCACACAUUGUGCAGAGGAAUUCUCUGUUGUUGUGCAACAUAUAGAAAGGCCUACAUCAUCAGUUUCAUGUAAUCUGGCACCCACUAACUGUGACUGUCUGCAGUUCCACAGUCAGUACAACAAACAUCACCGUGUUCACAUUUAAUACAACGUAAAUAAUCAUUUCCCUAUCUUUGUAGCAUUCAGGGCACACUGCCACUGCUAGCUGGUUCAUUAAGCUACAAUAGAGAAACAAAAAAUUAUGUUAAAAACAUACGCAACACAUCUUACCAAAAUGUACAAAAGAAAAAGCUGUAUAUUUUGUCAGGUGAAGGUACGUUAUCCCAUUUCUACAAUUCGUAGAAGAAUAUGGUAUUUUAUAUUGACAGACAGUCUUUUAUCAGAAAUUCUGAUUGAGUCUAUCCCUGUUGCAAACACACACACCCACAUCAUUAUUUUGCACACACAUAAAAACACAUUAUUUGCACAAUGCUUACUGCACAGCAGCUCGGAGGUUAACCACUAAUCUCAGAAGGAGCUACUUCAGCUGCUUCUGGCUCACAAGUUGCCACCAAUUAGAAUCCUGGAUGACACCACACUUACUAAUUAUCCAAAACAGUGUGUGAGCUCCCAUGAUGCCCCUAUCUUCCUGAUCUUCCUCUUGUAUGUGCAAUAAAAGUGUGUAUUAUAAACAAUAUGUGCUGGUGUUGGCAUACGUUGUGUUUCAGAAAGACUUUGCAGAGCAGACAAGACUUGAUACGGGGUUGGCUUUUCUACAAAUCCACUUUAAACACCAGAGAAAACGACAAGACAGAAGGUUGUGCAAUGCUUGACUCAUGGAAAGACAGGCAUAUAUGACACUCGUGCAAAGUCGCAUGUACUUACGAUUAGAGCAUGCUCACGACCCAUUGUGAUGACUGUCUGGUUGAUGAUCCUCAGCAGAGACACCACAAUGUCCUGGAUAUGUUGAAAUGUUUCACCCUAAAA